CAAGAAUUGAUUUUGGACCACCGAUGGCCUGAAAGCAUUUUAAGUUUUUAAAGUAUCGCGAUUGUGGUCAAGAAAAUCUCAUAGCGAAAAUGGCAACCACUUUUGGCACCCCGUCGACAGUGGUAGGACUCGUCAGCUCAUCGCCGUUGUCCAGCCGACGCCUCGCCUCAGGGUUUCUGAAUUCGCCGGUGAAGGCAAGGAAUCCUCUGAGAGUAGCGGGUGCCUCAGGAGGGAGGUUUACAUGCUUCGAGAGGAACUGGCUGAGGACGGAUUUCAAUGUGAUCGGGUUCGGGUUGAUUGGGUGGCUCGCUCCAUCAAGCAUACCCGCAAUCAAUGGGAAGAGUCUCACUGGGCUCUUCUUUGAGAGCAUCGGAGCUGAGCUCGCUCACUUCCCCACGCCUCCUGCUCUCACCUCACAGUUCUGGCUAUGGCUGAUCACGUGGCACCUGGGGCUGUUCCUGUGCCUCACUUUUGGGCAAAUUGGCUUCAAGGGAAGGACUGAAGACUACUUUUAAAUUUUCCCCUUUUGUGGUCUGUAAACUCUCUGUUCCUUUUGCUUUGGUACCUCUCAUCAUCACCUCCUCGUAAUCUAUUGAAUGGAUCCUCUAUUCUGCCAUCUUUUUUCUCUCUUCUUGUUUUGUUGGAAAAUCUGCGUAAUGCCUUCUCCUUCCUUGUAUCGCAUGUAAUAACCGGCCACUCAUGCUGUCCCUUUAACAUUCCUCUCUCUCUCUCAAUAUAUCGUAAAGUACUCAUGUUAACUUCCA